UUUUUAGGAACUACCAGCAAAAUUAGAAUCUCUGGGAGAAUUUGAUUGCGAUGAAUCUGUUUUUGCCCAUCAAACACGUGAUCUAGAUUUUUUUGAGGUGAGGUCCAAUCUGAGCGCUUCCCCCGGUGAUCCCAAAAGCUUCCUAUUAUCAAAUGCCUCACUUGCCACAGAUAAAUAGACAGACAGUAUCUACCUGUCGGAUCCCCUGGGCUAGUUUUCCCAAAGCUCCCCCUUCCUUGGCUCUAAGAUGCUUGUCGAACGCCAGCUUCUGCGAGAGAAUAUUACUUUUUCUGUGGCCAAGGAGAAAGACGUCAAUAUUCUCCAUCAGUUAAGCUACAGGUCACGACGGGAUGAAUUCUUCAAGUUUAUCAAUGAGCGCCGCAGCCUUGCCGCAAAACUGGCUGCUCACCAUUUGGGCGUCCCUCCUAAAGCAUGUCAUGCGGUGGAGAUCGACAACUGGAUGAGCGGGAGUUUCAAUCUCUGCGUUCUCGUCACCAUAAAGGGUUUCAAACCCGUGAUUAUUCGCUUCCCGCUCCCCUACCGUGUUGGUGAAGGCCCUUUUCCGGGGAACAGCGAUGAGAAAGUCAAGUGUGAGGCGGGAGCGUACGCGUGGUUGCAACAGGAGUGCCCUUUAGUGCCAAUCCCAAAGCUUUACGGGUUCGCUUUGUCAACAGGACAAUGUUUUACAGACGUUGAACAAUUACCGCUGCUGCCUCGUCUUUUUCACCGCCUUCGUCGUUGGUAUUUGUCUUUUGUUGGUCUCCCGGUUCCCACCAGAGGGGGAGAUGCUUUCAGUGUCAAUGCAGGAUCAAUACGAUCGAAAGGAGCUCCGAAAAAACCUUUUUCGAGACCUCUCAAAGAUUAUGCUAAGUUUGAGCCGUGUUCCUCUGCCGAAAAUUGGUUCCUUCGUCAUUGAUGAUAGCGGCUUUCUACGCCUUACCAACCGGCCCCUUACAUUCAUGCUGCAAGACUUGGAAAAUGAAAAUAUUCCUGUUGACAUGCCGAGGGAUCGCACCUUUGCAAGUGUUGAUUCCUACGUCAAUUCCCUUCUUGUCUGCCAUGACAACCGCCUUACAUAUCAGCCGAACGGCAUCAGCAGUGGGGGCGACUGCGUCUCCCAAAUGACUGCACUUGCUUUGAUGAGGACAAUACGCCCGGAGUACUUUGACUCAAGGUUAAAUCAUGGGCCCUUUUUUUUUUCACUGACUGAUAUUCACGCGAGCAAUAUCCUCGUUGACGAAAAUUGGAAUAUUAAAUCUAUCAUUGAUUUGGAAUGGGCCGCCGCCCUUCCGGUGGAAUUCAUAGGCACACCUCUUUGGCUAACUCAGGAAUCAAUCGACUGCAUCAAUGCCGAAAAAUAUGACCAAAUACGACAAGAAUUCAUGGGCAUAUUUAUUGAAGAAGAAAAACACUGUCCUGCAGACCAUGCCAUCCAACGGGCAUCAACCAUGCAAAAAUCGUGGGAACAGGGAAUAUUCUGGUAUGUUGCUGGCUUGGAAAGCCCCACUGGGCUUCAUUCCAUCUUUUACAAGCGCCUCCAGCCACUCUAUGAUAAGAGACAUGCCCAAAACACGGACUUCUUGCUCAUGGCUUGUGAAUAUUGGCGGCGAAAUGCGAUGGACUUUAUCAGAUCCAGGAUGAAGGACAAAAAGGCGUACGAUGAAAGACUUCGGGAAGCCUUCGAAGAGCACUGAUCUUGUCAGCACAAAGGUUCUUCGUCGAAUAACAGUUUACUCCUUUUCAAUCCAUUCUUGUUUUCUUUUUCACUUCUCCUUUUUACUUAGAUUUUGGAUCCUUACUUUGGGUGGGCCUCGAAGCUGCUAAACACUGCUACCUUUCCCUUUUCCGUCAUAAUCUUUAUCAUCAAUUUUUUGCUGUUGUUGCUGCUGUUUAUCCAGUUGUCGUUCCACAGCACGAUCCAGAGCUGCGAUGGCCUCUGCCUCCCGCUUCUCCUUGGCCGCUCGUCCCGACGAUGAUAGUUGGAUGAACUCCUUGAGUUUUCCUUUUACCCCCACCUGCGCAUCUUCAACAACAGGAUCCUUGUAAUCUGCGGAAGAAAUGGAGCGAUUGUCCGCCAUAUCGAUAAGAGGGCUGCUAAAUCUAAGUUCAACGUUAAAUACCUGAAUUAACCGAUUGUUUACAGUAACUGAUCGAAUCUAAAUGAUUCCAGAGCC